AUGCAUGUCUUGUUGAAAUCUGCAUGGAAACGUUCUUCGCUUCAAAAUAUGAUGAGUACCCAGAAUUUUCAAUUACUUGCAGUUUCCCACUACUCCACAUUGCCACCAAUAUCUGCUCCUGCACAGUUGCAAGAGCUCUGCAGCAUUGUCAUGAGCACUGUUGGUGGGUUAGAUGAUCUUGAGCUAAAUCUAAAUAAGUUCAAAGGUUCUUUAACUUCAUCUCUUGUAGCUCAGGUUAUUGAUUCUAGUAAGCAUGAGGCACACACUAGAAGAUUGCUUAGGUUCUUCUUAUGGUCUGGUAAGAACUUAAGUCAUAAUUUAGAAAACAAGGAUUAUAAUUAUGCUCUUCGAGUUUUCGCUGAAAAGAAAGACUACAUAGCAAUGGAUAUCUUGCUGGGAGACCUCAAGAAGGAGGGUCGAAUCAUGGAUGCACAGACUUUUGGUCUUGUAGCUGAGAGUUUAGUUAAAUUGGGAAAAGAAGAUGAGGCAUUGGGUAUUUUCAAGAACUUGGACAAAUAUAACUGCCCUAUAGAUGAGUUUACAGUUACUGCUAUCAUCAAUGCCCUUUGUUCCAAAGGGCAUUCUAAGAGGGCUGAAGGGGUAGUUUGGCAUCACAAAGACAAGAUUGAAGGCACAAGACCGUGUAUAUAUAGAAGUCUGCUUUAUGGUUGGUCUGUGCAGAGGAAUGUGAAGGAAGCUAGGAGAAUUAUUAAAGAGAUGAAAUCAAAUGGGGUUAUCCCAGAUUUAUCUUGCUAUAACACAUUCCUCAGGUGCCUUUGUGAACGGAAUCUCAGACAUAAUCCUUCAGGACUUGUGCCUGAAGCUUUGAAUGUGAUGAUGGAGAUGAGGUCUUAUAAGGUUUUCCCAACUUCAAUCAGUUAUAACAUACUGCUUUCUUGUCUAGGGAAGACCAGAAGAGUCAAGGAAUCUUGUCAAAUACUUGAAACAAUGAAAAAUUCUGGCUGUGAUCCGGAUUGGGUCAGCUAUUAUCUUGUGGCAAAGGUGUUGUUUCUGAGUGGCAGGUUUGGUAAAGGGAAAGAGACGGUGGAUCAAAUGAUUGGAAAAGGUUUGGUACCAAAUUAUAAGUUUUACUACAGUUUGAUUGGCAUCCUCUGUGGGGUUGAAAGGGUAAAUCAUGCUCUUGAACUGUUUGAGAAAAUGAAGAAAAGCUCUUUGGGAGGUUAUGGACCAGUUUAUGAUGUGCUCAUUCCAAAACUUUGUAGAGGAGGGGAUUUUGAAAAGGGAAGAGAGCUUUGGGAUGAAGCCACGUGUUUGGGCAUCACUCUCCAGUGCACAAGGGAUGUUUUGGACCCUUCAAUAACAGAAGUUUUCAAACCUAAAAGGCCAGAAAAAAUCAGCCUUGUGGACAGCUCAAUAGCCAAGACCCCACCGAAAGUUACAAAAUUUGUAGGGAAAAUGAUGAGAAAAAAAUAUACUGCAAGGAAGAAGAAAAAGAAGUAAAAGAAAUCUGCUAAAACAUAAUUUGUAAGUUUUGUAGUCCUUGUUCCAGCUCUCUUCUGCCAUUUUUCUCUAAUUAACAAUUUAUCAUUGCUGCCUGCUUAUAAUAGAUUAAUAUUCUAUUACUACAGGUUUGUGCUUAUUAACUGUAUGCUCUCUUUGUCAUUGGAUUCAACAUCAUGCAUGAAAAAUCUUUGUGAUCUCAGUUAAACUGCUGCUUAUUCUGUUAGUUCAAGUUCAUAUUUUUCUAUGUUUUUACAUAUGUUAGCCAUACAAUUUCGUGCCAUAUGCUGUUUCCCUGGACCGCUAGACAAUUUAUGAUCUACCUGGUCAACUUGGCCUGGGAAAUUUUCUUCUAGCAUGUUUAUUAAAUAACAGGGAAGGUUGAUGCCUGUAAAGCUUUUUGUUUCCUCUUCUGCCGGUUACUCUUAAUUCUUAGAAUUGCAAAUGGUAAACAUGCCGACACAUUAUUGUAAUAUUUGCAAUUUAGUUGCAAUCUGAAACCGGUACCGCCAGUUUCAUCUAAUGCUAUGUGACACGAGAUGCAUAUUUAAAGGAUUAUGUAAAUACAGUAUGCAUAAAGAGAAUUUGUGAAAAUAUACCUUGUAUGAGUUAAAUAAUGUUUCUCAAAUAAGUUUCAAACAUCAUUAUUUUUUACUUUAUAAGAAUACUAUAUAAAGAUGUUGAAGUGUCAACAACAACACGUGUCAAUUGUUAUAGUUUUCUCUAGGAUCAAACAUAAGUUUUUGAGUUUAUUUUAGCAUGAUUAAAAUGCUCGUUUUUCCUUUUUUUUUCUUUUCGAAUUGCAUGUACCUUUUAUCAAACUAUCUCUAGUUAGGACAGUGGGACAGUGGCAGAGUCUCUCAUGACAGUGUUGCAAAACGGAGUUUCACAGAGCGAGAGCAAGAGCAAGAUCUUGAAACCCCGCACAUGGGCCAUCCAUGACACAUAAUUUAAGUAAUGGGGAUAUUGUGUGGGGUACCUUUGGCUGUUGGACAUCACCCACGUUGCAAGUUGCCACUCUCCAAUGCAAUGUAACAUACUAUUAUAAUGGAAGUGGAAUCCACGCGCUCCCUUUUCAUCCAUGUGGUCUGGUUCUUCCUAGAAGAUGCUAACAACUGAGGAACGCGUUGACACUACGAAGUGGAUGUUGUAAAGCAAUUCAUUUACGAAGUGCGUAACAGAGCAAAGACAACCUGGGUCCAUUGCCAGAACGGCCAAAGCUGGAUCGGGCGUUGAUUAGACUACAUGUAGAUAGAUACGUGGGGUGGGGUGUAAUUCUUCUCCCCUUUCCUCAGUAUUAUUUUUGUCUAAAAUAUCUUGGUGGUUUUCUCUUUUUCCCUCUAAUACAAACUAGCAUAUAUUAUAUAUGUCAAUGUUUUUAAUUUAUUUAUUCUCUAGUUUGACAAUAAUCAAAGAUUA